AUGUCAGAGCUCAAACUUGCUCAAGAAAACGAACUUCGUGUCUUGAGUUCGAUGUAUACAACAGCCUUGAAAGAUCUUCGUACAAAAAAAGAUAAACGUUCUAAACCACCUGAUUUUCGUUUGACAUUAGCACCAUCAAGAUCAAACAGUGUAAUUAUACAAUUACAUGAUGAUCCCACAAUUGAUUUGCAUGUUCAGGAAACACCGUUAUAUCCUCAUGAAGCUCCCAUACUAAUGUUAAAAAAUCCAAAAAAUCUUAGCAAUGAUGUUGUACAACGAUUACAAAAAGAAAUUGACUUGGAAGUGAUGAUUUAUGAACUGGCACAAAUUAUAGAAACAUCUCUUGGGGAAUAUCGGCCAAAAAAACGGACCUCAUCGUCACAAUCGCAACAACAGCAAAUUGAAUGUUCAUCGAAUUUAGGGAACGAAGUAGACGAUGGUAUUGAAAGAGAGAUUCACGUAACACGUGAAAAGUAUUCAGAAGAACGAAAACGUCGCUAUCGAGAACGACAAAAUAGUGAACCAUCAACUGUUCUAUCAAAAACAUUCGAGUAUUAUCGUAGCUCAUCAGAAUUAAUAAUCAAAUUUGAAAAUCAUAUUAAAUUAACCGUACGCCGAGGAAAAAUACUUUAUACUGAAUUACAUCCAACACUAAAUGAUUACGUAUUACAUACAGUUUACUUUUGUACAGACAUUGAUUGUGCAUGUGCCUAUUGUUUAUAUGAAUGGAAUUUUGAAUAUUCAUUAGGAAAAUUAGAUGAUGAUCUUGGCGCACAAUAUCGACGUGAAAUAGGAAAUCUUGAGAACGAUCUAAAACAUUUAAUAUCGCUAAAACACAUUGUAUUAUGUAAAAUAAUUGCAUAUGAAACAGUCAUUGAUACACCUACGUAUACGUUUCGAGUUUUAACAGAAUGCCCUGAAGCUAGUUCAUUAGAAGUAUUUGAUACUUGUCCAGUAGCUGAGGCAUUUUUGAAAAAAAUCGCUAUCUCAUUAACUGAAGUUUUGACCUAUUUACAUUCAAAAUCGGUUGUUCAUCGUGAAAUUAAGUCAAAAUCUAUUUUUCUGUUACCAAGUGGAUUUAAGUUAACACGAACAAGUUUUGUGAGACGACUGAAUGAGUUACAUCUCCUAUUUCAUGAAGGCAAAGCUCCGCGAUCAUUACAUGGUUCCAUAAAAAAUGAAAAAAUAAACGACAUAUAUGAUAUGGGAUUGUUAUUAUUGAAUUUGGCUACAGGAAGAACGUACGAAUAUAUUUUAGAUGCCCCCGAUGACUUAUCCGAUAACUUGAGAGAUUUUUUACAAAGUUGUUCUAAUGGAGAUUCCUUAAAAAGUCUUGCACUUGCCCCGUUUCUGCUACAUACGAGUGAUUCUCGAACAGAUUUUCAUCGUUUAAUAUCCGAUUCAGAAGGUCACGAUGGAACAUAUUCUGGUUCAAUAAAUAAUGAUGAUAAUAUACUAGUAUCUGCUCAAUCACGAUUAAAAUCAGAUUUUGAAGUACUUGGUAUAGUCGGAACGGGUGGAUUUGGUCAUGUUUUCAAAAUUGUUUUAAAAUCAGCUCACAAGCAUUUGAAUAAAAAAAUCACACGCGAAGUUAAACUACUAUCGAAAUUGAAUCAUCAAAAUAUUGUCAGAUAUUACAGUACUUGGACGGAAGAAAUAUCAUUUGAAAAUGAUAAAGUUGGUAGAUCAUCCCCAUCAAAAUCCGGAACAUCAACACGAACAUCUUCGAAACCGAAAAAUAUAAAGCGACUUAUCUCUCACAAUGAUGAUGAUGAUGACAGUCUUCGGAAGGAAUUACUAAUGUCACGGAACAAUCUUGGACUAGCAAAUACGGAUAAUACAAACUAUGAUAAAAAUGUCAAGGGUGAUAAUUUUGAAAAUAAUGAUACUAAUUCGUCAAUGUCCUCCGAAUCUUCAUCUACCAGCUCAGAUGAUGAAAGUGGGGUAUUCGAUACUAGAACAUUUCAUGCGCUCAACGUGAGCGAUGGUCUAGUGAUAUUCGAUCAUAAUGCUAGUGGAAACGGAGAUCAUUCCGAACCUGCUGAUAUCCAAAAUGUAUCUUCGUCCUCAUCAUCGACCAAUGGUAAAGGAAAAAAACUUCAACGUGUGUUAUUCAUUCAGAUGGAAUAUUGUGAAGGCAAUACACUAAAACAACUUAUUGAUCGUCGCCUAUUACAAGAAAAACCCAAUAUGGUGUGGAUGUUAUUGCGUGAAAUUUUAGAAGGUUUAAAUCAUAUGCAUGAAAAGGGUAUAAUUCAUAGAGACCUUAAACCUGGCAAUGUACUCUUGGACUCAAAAGGUCAUGCUAAAAUUGGUGAUUUGGGACUAGCUACUAUAACCAAAUUAUCGGCCUAUGUUGAAGUAUCAGAUAAACAUCAGACAUUAGAGCACAGUUUAUCGAUUGGCGAAGCUGGUCUGUUAAGUAGUCCUGUUGGAACGGCAUUUUAUAUAGCGCCUGAACUGUUGAAUGGGCCAAAAACCAUACCAACUGAGAAAGUCGAUAUUUAUAGUUUGGGAAUAACAUUUUUUGAAAUGUGUUAUCCAUUCGAUACAUUAAUGGAAAGAGCAAAAAUAUUAAAAGAACUUCGUCGAUCAGAUAUUAUUGUACCUGAACAUUUUCAUCAAAAACCGUUUGAAAAACACUAUGAACUUUUACAACAAAUGCUUUCACAUGAACCUGAUAAACGUCCAUCGGCGAAGAGCUUGUUACAAUCAAAUAUAACACAAUUUGAACAAGAAGAACAAUUUAAAACGUUACUCGAACGAAUGUUGAAUGAUCAACAAUCAUUUCAGUAUCGCAAAACAAUAGAAAAACUAUUCGAACAGAAAAAUAGUAUUAUACGUGAUGCAACAUUCGAUCCAGACACACAAGUUGAUACGAAUAGAUUAGCAACAUUUCAUAGAGACUCAAACGCCUACACAAGUGUACGAAACACAUUUAUCCGAGUUUUCGAAAAAUACGGCGCAUUUUUUAUUCGUUUACCACUGAUGUUACCAGAUACUCAACUCUACGAUAAAGGAAUAUGUUCAAAUUUGAAAUUUGUUUCAAGUUCCGGAUUAUUAUUGACGUUACCAUUUGAUUCAAAAGUACCAUUAUCUCGUUAUAUUGCACGUUGUGUAUCACAUUACGGAUUAAAUAAUUUAACAACAAUGAAAUGUUAUCAGAUUGGAAGUGUUUAUCGAGAAACCGUUGCUGAAAUGCAUCCACGUGAAAUAACAGAAUGUGGUUUUGAUAUUUUAUUCACUGGAAAUACAUUUCUUCCUGAUGCAGAAAUAUUGGCUGUGUGUCAAGAUGUUUUACUUGAAUUUCACUUAGUACAACAACGAAAUCUAAUUAUUUGUUUGAGUCACAGUCAGUUGUUGAAAGCUAUUUUAAAAUAUUAUGACGUUCCAAUUGAAAAAGUGGAUAAAAUCAUCUCGCUUUUGACUAGCUCUACUAAAGAUCGUCUUGACUCGCUCAAUUCGAUAAUAACUGAAUGUGGUAUAAAUGAACAAAUAGCGAAAAAAUUACAAUCAUUGUUAGUAAUAGAUGGACCGUUUGAAAAAGUUAUACUAGAUUUAAAAAAACUUACAAAAGCAACGAGGGAGAUUCGUCUUACAGUUCGAUUCGUUGCAUUAAAUCCAAUAUUGAAUAUAAAUGCAUUUUCCGGCUUCAUAUUUCAAGUUGUUUGUGUUAGUCAGAAGAAAAGACAUUCCGUAUCGGAAAUAUAUGCGGGCGGUGGACGUUAUGAUUCAUUGCUUGAACAUUUUCGUCGACCUUCACAAAAAAGUCAUCCACUACCACAUAUGGUUGGUGUUAGUUUUGAUAUGGAGCGAAUGAUACAUUUAAACUCAACAUUGCCAGCGGCAGUUCGUACGAUCCAUGGAAAAACAUGUGAUACCGCCAUAUGUUUAGAUUACAAUCCAGUAGAAUUGUUACGUUUACGUCAAGAUUUGAUUUCAAUUGGAGUUGGUGUUGAUACUAUCUAUGAAUUACCAUCAUAUUUGGAAAAUCUUGAUGAUUAUUGUAUAGCGAGUUCGUACAAUUAUCUUAUUUAUACAAGAAAUGAGUCAGUUGACGAUUAUUUUCGUUUUCGAAUAUAUGAAAAUAAAAAAUUCUUUUCUGAUAAACGUAUGAACAAUUAUGAGAUCAUGCAACAUUAUCAUUCAAAGCAUUUGUAUAACAAUAAUACUAGUAGCGGUAACAACAACAGUGCAUCAAAUAGUCUAAAUUCUAUAGUUGACAAUGAAUCAUCAACAUUACUUCAAUCAGUAACAGGUUCAUUGAAAAAUGUCCCACCAUUAUCCUCUCUUUUUGUACAGAAUGAACAACAAGCCAAUGGGGCACAAAUUAAUAUUAUGUUAUAUUAUGAACAAAAUCCAAAAUUAAUUAAUAAGAAAAAAAUUGAAAAUCAAGUACAAUAUAAACUAUCUCAUAUAUUGCCCUUGUUUACAUCGAAGAGUCGUAUUGAAGUAUUUGUAUUUGAUUUAACUGAUGUAGUAUUGAUGACAUUUAUUACAACACUCAAUAUCGAAGAUGAAACAUCAUAUAGUCAAUCAUUACGUUUACUAAUAGAAAAAUUACCAAAACUUGGUGAAAUGUUGACAAGAUUUGGUGAACAAUUAAAAGAACUGAGAUUUGGAAGAACUAAAUCUAAACUAUUUGUAAUAUCAUCUGUAAAAAGUGACUUUUAUCGUCUGAUGGUGGCAUUCAGCUGA